CGCCGGCCUCUCGGCGCUCCCAUGCUCGCCCGGUGCCUUUCGGCGGUUCGAGGCUUCCACAGAGAAGACACCCAGCAACCUUAUUCGUGAGUGGAAAUGAGAAAAGACACCGGUGGGAGGGCCCAGAGUUGGUGGUUCUAGGAUUUUGCUGAGAAUGACAUUAGGAAGAGAAGAGAUGUCUCCUCUUCAGGCGAUGUCUUCCUAUACUGCAGCUGGCAGAAAUCUUUUAAGAUGGGAUCUUUCACCAGAGCAGAUUAAAACAAGAACUGAGGAACUCAUUGUGCAGACCAAACAGGUGUACGAUGCCGUCGGAAUGCUCGAUAUCGAGGAAGUAACUUAUGAAAACUGCUUGCAAGCAUUGGCAGAUAUAGAAGUGAAGUAUAUAGUGGAAAGAACCAUGCUAGACUUUCCUCAGCAUGUCUCCUCUGACAAAGAAGUACGAGCUGCAAGCACAGAAGCAGACAAAAGACUUUCUCGUUUUGAUAUUGAGAUGAGCAUGAGAGGAGACAUAUUUCAGAGAAUUGUUCGUUUACAGGAAACCUGUGAUCUAGGGAAGAUAAAACCUGAAGCCAGACGAUACUUGGAAAAGUCAGUUAAAAUGGGGAAAAGGAAUGGGCUCCACCUUCCAGAACAAGUACAGAAUGAAAUCAAAUCGAUGAAGAAAAGAAUGAGUGAACUGUGUAUUGACUUUAACAAAAACCUCAAUGAGGAUGAUACCUUCCUUGUAUUUUCAAAGACUGAACUUGGUGCUCUUCCUGAUGAUUUCAUUGAUAGUUUAGAAAAGACAGAUGAGGACAAGUAUAAAAUUACCUUAAAAUAUCCACAUUAUUUUCCUGUCAUGAAGAAAUGUUGUGUCCCUGAAACCAGAAGAAGGAUGGAAAUGGCUUUUAAUACAAGGUGCAAAGAGGAAAAUACCGUCAUUCUGCAGCAGUUGCUCCCACUGAGAGCCAAAGUAGCCAAACUACUUGGCUAUAACACACAUGCUGACUUUGUCCUUGAAAUGAACACUGCAAAGAGCACAAGCCGCGUGACAGCCUUCCUCGACGAUUUAAGCCAGAAAUUAAAACCCUUGGGUGAUGCAGAACGAGAGUUUAUUUUGAAUUUGAAGAAAAAUGAAUGUGAAGAGAGAGGUUUUGAAUAUGAUGGUAAAAUCAAUGCCUGGGAUCUGCAUUACUACAUGACUCGGACAGAAGAACUCAAGUACUCUGUAGACCAAGAGUUUCUCAAGGAAUAUUUCCCAAUUGAGGUAGUCACUGAAGGCUUGCUGAACACCUACCAAGAAUUGUUGGGACUUUCAUUUGAGCAAGUGGCAGAUGCUCACGUUUGGAAUAAAAGUGUUACACUUUACACCGUGAAGGAUAAAACGACAGGAGAAGUAUUGGGACAGUUCUACUUGGACCUCUACCCAAGGGAAGGAAAAUAUAAUCACGCUGCCUGCUUUGGUCUCCAGCCUGGCUGUCUUCUCCCUGAUGGAAGCCGGAUGAUGUCUGUGGCUGCCCUUGUGGUGAACUUCUCACAGCCAGCCGCGGGUCGUCCCUCUCUCCUGAGACAUGACGAAGUGAGGACUUACUUCCAUGAAUUUGGUCACGUCAUGCAUCAGAUCUGCGCACAGACUGAUUUCGCACGAUUUAGUGGAACCAAUGUGGAAACUGACUUUGUGGAGGUACCAUCGCAAAUGCUGGAAAAUUGGGUGUGGGACAUUGAUUCCCUCCGAAGAUUGUCAAAGCAUUAUAAAGACGGAAGCCCUAUUACAGAUGAUCUGCUUGAAAAACUUGUUGCUUCUAGACUGGUCAACACAGGUCUUCUGACCCUACGCCAGAUUGUUUUGAGCAAAGUUGAUCAGUCUCUUCAUACCAACACGUUGCUGGAUGCGGCAAGUGAAUAUGCCAAGUACUGCUCAGAAAUUUUAGGUGUUGCAGCCACUCCAGGCACAAAUAUGCCAGCUACUUUUGGACAUUUGGCAGGGGGAUAUGAUGGCCAAUAUUAUGGAUAUCUUUGGAGUGAAGUAUUUUCCAUGGACAUGUUUUAUAGCUGUUUUAAAAAAGAAGGGAUAAUGAAUCCAGAGGUUGGAAUGAAAUACAGAAACCUAAUCCUGAAACCUGGGGGAUCUCUGGACGGCAUGGACAUGCUCCAGAAUUUCUUGAAACGUGAGCCAAACCAGAAAGCAUUCCUAAUGAGUCGAGGCCUGCAUGCUUCGUAAACUGGGGAUCUUUGGUAGCAGUCCAUGUCUGGAGGACAAGUCGACAUUGCUGUGUGUUACUGGCCUGGAAACUGAAGGGAGUUUUGCAAGUGAAAAUUUAGAUUUUUAUUGACUUUUGUUUUGUAAUUUUAAGAAUUAUAAAGAUGUAAAUGAAAUUAUAAAUAUUGUGACCUAAGAAAAAACCCACUAGAAAGUAGUUGUACCAUAGAAUUUCAUAAGAAUGGAUUUGAUUUCUUUUUAUAAAAGUUUCAUAUGAAUCUAAUUUGAUUUUUUUACUAUAAUUAUCUAAAUAAUAUAAUGUGAGAGGGCCAAGGAUUUUUAAAUUGAAUCAUAUACAUGACAUUAUUUGAUCCUCUUGUAUCUUGAUGUUUUGUACUUGGGAUUUCUGGACCGAUAAAUGAAUCAUCACAUUCCUCUGAUAAAUAUUUUCU